AUGGAAGAUUCAAUCGAUCUCAGCCAUGAACUGGAAGAGGGCAGCGACGGAAACGACCCGGAACAACCAACAGAUGAAGAAAAACAGUCGAAUGCAAGCAACAAAGCUGAAAAGGAAUCGAAACGAAAGAAGCGCGUCAUGCUCAUGACCAUUCUGCACUUUCUACUUGCCUUUCCCAAGUGGAGUAUGACAUUAUUCGUGUAUUUUGCUUCCUUGUCGCUUCCACUUGCGGCAACCAAUGUCGCAGAAGUUGUCCAAGUUCCCAUUCUAAACUUGAAAACAUUUCUGGAACAAGAGUCGUUGGCGUAUCAUCAGUGCACGUUGGAUGCCUUUGACAACUUGAACAAGGAAAUACUGCUGGUAGCCGAUGAGGAAUACCAAAACAACGUCUUGGGUCUUCACAAGCACAAUCAAGCACUCCUUCGAGAGAUACGAACUGUGACGCAAUCCUGUAACGUCGCGGGAGUCAAGGGAAGGGAAGCCUUGCAUGGUUGGAGUGUCCUCGAUGGUCAGGAUUUGCCAUAUCUCAAUCACACCUGCUCUGCAAGUGAUCAAGACUAUAUUGCCAAGAGCUUGGGGCAAGACUUCCAGCAACUCGAGAAUGAAAUCGGCUCCAUCGUCGGUGGGUACGCGGAAACGAGCAAUUCUACCGUUGGCCACAUUCGGGCAUACGCCGAGGAACGCACCGAUUACGACUACACGUACUUUGUCAAAGAACGCAUCGAACCAGCCUUGGAAGUGCUGCGACAGCUCGCGUCGAAUCCACUCUUCCCAAGCGUCGAGUUCACUAUUCAGGCUCAACAGGUUGUCGAUGAGCUCGUUAAGCUCUUGCAGGAAGGUUUCAACGAAGCCUACAGGAUUGCUCUCAUUCGAAUCCAAGUUUUGCAAGAACGAGUGGAACACUUCUACGAGAGCAUUGAACAGUUUCUCAGAGCAUACAACUACCUCUACGAGCGCUUCAAAAACGUUACUUUGCUGGUGCAGCGAUGGGCGCCAUCUCUAGACGAAAUACCCGACUUUGCCACCUUACACGGUCUCCGAAUCGGAGAACAUUUUCUUCCAGACAUCUUUGAGAUACCCGAGUUUCUAACCGAUUUACCUGAUCUCGAGCUUCUCUUGCAGAACUUUACGAACCAAGCAGUUCCACUGAUUCAAGAUCUGUUGGACAAGCUCGAGGAAGAGGCCAACAAUGCUCUGGAAUAUGCAAGAGACGAGAUUUUGGCUCAGUUGCGCAAGUACAUAAACCUGGAAGACUACAACCCACCACAAUAUCAGGGAUCUCGGCCGGAAAUAUCCACGCUGGAGGAAGAAGAGGCGUUCUUAUCGAAAGCUGCCGAAUCGGCCAAGGCUGGCGCAUUGUUGGCCGUCCAAAAGAUCAAGGGAUUGACGAAUCUAUCAGCUGGAGGGCUUCCCACUAGAUUCCCAGAACUCGAAAUGGGAAACUUUACGUUUAUCGACAACGCCACGACCUUUGAUUAUCAAGAACCAGAGCUACCUGACAUUGGGAUACCCGAUUGGAUCAUGUACCUGUUUGCAAAGCUUCUUUCGUGGAAAUUCGGGAUAGAUCUGACUGUGCAAUUCCUUCGAGGGUUCAUGUUGAAGGCAAAGUACGAGCGCCUUACCGAGCCUCAGAAACAAGUCAUUGAUAAGACUCGUGCCAAAGAGGGAGACGAAAAUCAGCAAGAGGACAAUGACGAUGACGGCGACGACGAAGGAGGGGGAAGCAGCACCUGCGGCUGCAACGUGAGCGGAUACCUCUAUACGAUUUGGUCCACCGCCAUGAACAUUGGUCGGAACCUAGUCUCGAUUUGGAUGGUGGGAUUCCUGGUUAUGCUUCCCAUCGCCAUCUUUGGGAUGGUUUACUACUUGCCGCAUGUUCAUCAAAGCUGUCUUGAAACCGAUGAAGGCACGUUUACAGCUUCUAUCUUCACCCCACUGAUAUUGAAUCAUGCCAGUGCCCCUGGCAACGCGCUCCACAUCAAGGGGGAAUUCGACUGCCGUCAACGGCAGCGGUUGCUUUGUGACAAGAUGUUUGCCGACUCUGACUUGCUCCACAGGAGCAAUGUCUUGGAACUGUCAAAUCUUCAACAGCAAUACAACCAAUCUCAAGGGUGGAAUAUGCGGCUAGAUCGCUGUAUUGACACUGACGUCUUGGACCAGAGAUUCGAAGAAGCAUGCUGCGGUCUAGAAGGCUACGGGACAAAUAGUAAUUGUUCGCUCGAGCCGGCUUUGAGAAACUUUCGUUGUCCAAUUGACGAACGGGCAGAACCUCCUGCUGCAUUCUACACAAUGAGCAGUUAUGUGUUUGAUCCCAAUUGCAAGGUUGACUCUACUGGUUGGAUACUGCAAGAUGCCCGCUUUGACUGCCAGGUGUUGGAAAAUAGCUGCAGCAGAACUCCCUGUACGGGUGUGAACGAAGAGCUGAUUAGCGUUAUGGCAGCUGAAGCGGACUGCCUUGUCCAUCUGGUCUCGCUCCGAGCCAUAGCCUUUGCCUCUCUCGUGGUGUUCCAUGCCUUCAUGAUCAACGUCCAUCUUACCCUGCUUUUCAAUGGAGCAAAGGGCCUAUCGUGGCGUUUUCUCGCGAAGAGAGAUGCAGCCUUCGAGGUUGUCGUGGCAGCAGACAAGAACGGAACAAUGAAGCAGAUGGACAAGAUGAACACUGAAGUUGAUGCUGCCAAGAUUGAACGGCGAACGAGUUGGAAUGGCUUGUUUCAGUUUCUGGCAGGGACAGUUUUCGUUCUGUUUCAUAUUGUGUCAGCUUUUGCCAUUCAUGACAUACUCGAUCCCCUCAAAUCAUGA